AUGGGGUGUGCACCAAUUCUGCGGAUGACACAACGCACAGGGCAACCUGGUGAGACGGAGGAGGAGGUGGUCCAGGACUCAAACCACAGUGACCACAGCGUCCAUGUGGCAGACAACGAGGAGGGCAGCCAGAGAGAAGAAGUAACAUCAGGAGAGACAGAUAGUCAGCAAACAGUUGAACCCAGGGUACAGAAUGCUGAAAGCACUCAGAGAAAGGCAAGGAUCAAGUGGCCACCAAGUAGUAAAAAGGUAGAAUGGGAGAAGUUUGACCAGGAUGUAGACACAAUCUUAAACACAUCACUAGCAGGAGGCGUAGAUAGAAAGAUACAGGGCAUGGCAACAAUUAUGUACAAUGUAGGAUUGGACAGGUUUGGUGCAGAGGAGGUGAAGAAGCAAGGAGAGGUGACAGCAAAUAAGAACAGAAGGCAGAGAGAGAUAGCCAACCUGAGGAGAGACCUUAGACAGCUGGCAAAACGAUUCCGAGCAGCUGAGGAAGAAGAGAAGGCAAAGUUGUCAGAACUGAGAAACAUGGCCAGGGAGAAGUUAAAGACUUUAAGAAGAGCAGAGAGAAGUAGGCGAAGGAGAAAAGAUCGAGCAAGGGCACGAGCCAGAUUCACCGCCAAUCCAUUCAAAUUUACCUCACGGCUGUUAGGUAAAAGAGGCUCAGGAGUGUUAAGAGCAGGAAAGGAGGAAGUAGAACAACAUCUGAGAGACAUGCAUAGUGAUCCAAGGAGGAAUGAAGAUCUAGGCGGGAACGAGAAGCUGAUACAACCAGAAGAACCUGAACAGCUGUUUGAUGAUGCAGAGCCCAGGCUGAGUGAGGUCAACAAUGUCAUCAGGAAGGCCAGAGCAUCAUCAUCACCUGGACCCAACGGCAUUCUAUACAAGGUUUAUAAAAAUUGCCCAAGGUUGACUAAGAGGUUAUGGAAACAUCUACGAGUGGUGUGGAGAAGAGGAAAGUUGGCUGACAGCUGGCACCAGGCAGAGGGAUGCUUUAUACCAAAAGAAGAGAACUCGGAGACACUCAAGCAGUUCCGAACUAUUUCCCUGUUGAACGUGGAAGGGAAGAUAUUUCUAGCAGUUCUAGCAAAGAGAAUGACCACCUACAUGCUAGACAACCAAUACAUCGACAUAGCAGUGCAGAAAGGAGGGGUACCAGGUGUCUCAGGGUGCAUUGAACAUACUAGCAUACUUUCACAGAUCAUCAGAGAGGCUAAAGAAUUGAAAGGAGAAUUAGCAGUAGUUUGGUUAGACUUAGCAAACACUUAUGGAUCUAUGCCUCAUAAGUUGGUUCAGAUGACGUUGGAGCGGUAUCACGUACCAGAGAAAAUACGAUUGUUGCUGCAGAGGUACUUCGACAGAUUACAGCUAAGGUUCACAGUCCAAGAUUUUACAACAUCGUGGCAACGUCUGGAAGUAGGGAUUGUGACAGGGUGUACCGUGUCUGUGAUUCUUUUCUCGGCGGCUAUGAACUUGAUGGUGAAGUCUGUGGAGAAGAUGAGCAGAGGACCUUGGAUGAGGGCAGGUGUACGUCAACCCCCUGUCAGAGCAUUCAUGGACGACAUGACCAUUAGCACAAAGACCAUCAUUGAAGCUAAAUGGACCCUCAAAGAGAUCGAGGAAAUGGUUAACUGGGCUCGGAUGAAGAUCAAACCAACAAAGUCAAGGAGUCUCGUACUAAAGAAUGGAAAGAUGCGGGAGCAUAAAUUCCAGGUAGGCGAGGAGAUUAUUCCAAAAGUGUCAGAAAAGCCCGUGAAGUGUCUUGGGAAGUUCUUUGAUGACACCUUGGGUGACACCAGGAAUGUAAGAGAGACAAGCAAACAACUCGAAGGAUGGAUGCUCGCUUUAGACAGAAGUGCUCUACCAGGGAAAUACAAGGCUUGGAUUUACCAACAUGGAAUACUUCCAAGAGCACUUUGGCCUCUACUUGUGUAUGACGUGCCAUUGACUACAGUCGAGGCGAUGGAACGAUCUGUGAGCAGUUACCUUAGAAGAUGGCUCGCAGUCCCCAGGAGUUUCAGCAGUGUGGGAUUGUAUAGCUCAGGUACCAAGUUACAGUUGCCCAUCACAUCAGUAGUGGAAGAGUACAAGGUCACGAAGGUUAGACAACUCCUAUUACUACGAGACAGCAAGGAUGUCAAGGUACGGGACGCCAAAGUGAAGAUCAAGUCAGGUUGGAAGUGGACGGCGAAGAAGACAGUGCAAGAGGCAGAGUCACGUCUGAGGCACGGAGAUAUUGUUGGCAGUGUGGCAGUGGGAAGGCAGGUACUGGGUGUGACAUCGAGGACGAGAUGGGGAACAUCGUCUGAUAAGGAGCGGAGGCAGUUGAUCCAGAAGGAGGUACGCUCAAUGGAAGAGGAUACAAGAAUGGUCAGAGCAGUGGGAAUGAAGAAGCAGGGAAGUUGGCUGAACUGGGAAGGAGUGCGCCAGAAGAAACUGUCCUGGAAGGAGAUAUGGAGUAUGGAACCCCAAAGACUGCAAUUCCAGCUGAAGUCUGUAUACGACGUGUUGCCGACACCAACCAAUCUUGCGACAUGGGGUAUAACAGACGACGCAAACUGUAAGCUUUGCGGGAGGCCAGCAAACCUGGACCAUACCUUAUCUUCUUGUUCAGUUGCCUUGGCAGAUGGGAGGUACACGUGGCGACACGAUAAGGUCUUGUCUGUCCUUGCAGAUACACUGGAGAGGAGCAGGAAGAAACCAAGGAAAAAGAAAAGGGGCCUGCGAUUUGUAAACUUUGUCAAGGCCGGGGAGCAGACUACGAGAAGCACAGUGGAAGGGAGCGGAUUGUUAGGAACAGCAGGAGAUUGGCAAAUGAGAGCAGACCUCAAGGGCCGCAUGCAGUUUCCACAAGAAAUAGCAGUUACCAAUCAGAGGCCAGACAUCGUCCUGUGGUCUACAUCCAUCAAACAGGCUGUUCUUGUGGAGUUGACCGUGCCGUGGGAGGAGAGAAUUGAAGAAGCCCACGAGCGGAAGCGGAACAAAUACCAAGAUCUAGUAGCAGACUGUCAACAGGAAGGGUGA